AUGGAUAUUCCCGAGCUAAUUUUUGGCCAUGAGGCUUUUACCUUGAUCAUCUCCGCCACAAUUACUAACUGGAACGUCGCGGCUAACUCUGAUCUUCCUCCAUCGAACAUCGACGAGGAUGAAAUAUCGACGAUUAUUUCACUAGGGAGUAGGAUGAAUGCAGAGGAACUGAAGAGAAUGGAAACAGAGUCGUGUUCGAUCUGUCUCGACGAGCUCUCAUGUUCGAAUCCCAAAAAACAUGGUGUUCCUACACGCAUGACCUGUUCCCAUGUCUUCCACGGUCGCUGUCUCUCUGAGUGGCUUCAACGCAAAAACACUUGCCCGUUGUGUCGUACUGUGCUGUAUGAUCGAUUUGCUAGGAAUCUUACGUUUGAAAACAUGAACACUCCUCCUCAAGUGGAAUUUCGCAUCCUCCAUGCGAGGAAACUUUUCCCAUCAGAAGGAUACGCAAAGACAAUCAUCAUCUACGUCGGUGAGAUCUCUGAUACCGAUCGGUCGCUUUAUCCUCCCGUUCUCAUCAAUCUCUGUAAUAUAAGUCGCAGCCACAUCCGAAGGCUUCUCCAAGAUCAACUCGUUAGCCACCACCACUGGUUAUCAACGGCUGCAACAGCGUUAGGUUUUGGCCGUAACGGUUUUAACUUGACCAUCUCCGUCAAAAUUACUCACCAGACCGUCGUGGUUAACAGCGAGGAGUUAUUGAGGAUGGUUUUACUAGGGAGUAAGAUGAAUACAGAGGAACUGAAGAGUAUGGAAACAGAGCCGUGUUCAAUCUGUCUCGACGAGCUCUCGGGUUCGAAUUCCAAAAAAACUGGUGUCCCUACACGCAUGACCUGUUCCCAUGUCUUCCACGAUCGCUGUCUCAUUGAGUGGCUUCAACGCAAAAACACUUGCCCGUUAUGUCGGUCUGUGCUGUACGAUCGAUGA